AAUCAGGAAAACACAAUGGCGGAUGCCAAUGCGGCAGUAGCUGUAGUGACAGUUUCAUUGGUUCUUUUAGGACUUUCAUCGGGGUUAAGCUUGUCGUGGGCUCUUCUACCAGUCGCUGUAGUGGUGCUUAUUUUUGUGCUAGCCAGUGGAUUAAAGGGGCGAGAUGAACGUGCACAUCUGAACGUUUGCGUGUUGGUGCUGGGAGAUAUAGGGCGCAGUCCUCGCAUGCAGUAUCAUGCGCUCUCUCUCAGCAGACAUGGAUACAAUGUCACCCUAAUUGGCUUCCUUGGUACUAAACCUCAUCAAGACAUUCUUGAGGAUGACAGGAUAGACAUACUUCCCAUUUCAGAACUAAAGGGGCUCACAGCUGGCCCCAAAAUUUUCAGGUAUGCUUCAAAGGUGAUAUUCCAGACUUUCCAGCUGUUCUGUGUGUUGAUGAAGAUUGAGGACCAAGGAUAUAUUCUUAUGCAGAAUCCUCCUGGACUGCCAGCCAUAGCAGUGACAUGGGUGGCAAGUCGUUUCAGGGGAAACCAGUUCAUCAUAGACUGGCACAACUACGGAUACACCAUAAUGGCUCUUACUCAUGGACAGAAUCAUUUCAUCGUGAAGAUGGCAAAAUGGUACGAGAAGCUCUUUGGAUGUUUCUCGGAUCAUAACUUAUGUGUCACUAACGCAAUGAGAGAAGAUCUUCGGAGAAACUGGAAUAUUGAGGCGACCACAUUAUAUGACAAGCCCCCCCCGAUAUUUAGAGAAACACCUCUGAAACUUCAACAUGAGCUGUUUAUCAGAAUGGGCAGUACUUAUUUACCAUUUAGGCCUAGUCCUGAUGUCACUAAGGAGUACAUGGAACUGACAGCCUUCACAGAGCGUAAUACUCAGACAGGUGCUGUGAUGCACUCUUCUGGGCGACCUGCUCUGCUUAUCAGCAGCACCAGCUGGACUGAGGACGAAGACUUCUCAAUUCUUUUAGAAGCUCUUGAAGAGUAUGAGAAGUUUGUUGAGGCAGGGCACAGACUUCCAUCAUUGGUCUGUGUGAUUACAGGUAAAGGUCCUCAGAAGGAGUAUUACAAGAAGCUGAUUGACUCUAAAGAAUUACAACAUAUCAAGAUUUGCACUCCAUGGCUGGAAGCAGAGGAUUAUCCAGUUUUACUUGGUUCUGCUGAUCUUGGGGUCUGCUUGCACAAAUCCUCCAGUGGUCUUGACCUUCCAAUGAAAGUGGUUGACAUGUUUGGAUGUUGUCUACCAGUCUGUGCCAUACACUUUCAGUGCUUGCAUGAACUGGUGAAACAUGAGGAAAAUGGGCUCAUUUUCAAAGACUCCAAGGAGCUGUCUGAACAAUUAAAGCUUCUGUUUUCAGACUUCCCUAGUGAUCAGGGGAAACUGGGCAUCUUCAGGAAGAAUCAAAGGGAAAGCGGGCAGCAGCGCUGGGAUGAGAACUGGGACCAAAAUGUCCUGCCACUUAUUAAAGAGCACUGCGACUGACUGUCUAGGUGAUGGG